AUGCCUGCUGCAGGACUACGAAUCGACACCUCCAUUGCUGUUGCUGGUCCCUCAUCCAGUCGACUGGCUCUCUCUACCCCUGCGUCUGCACGAAGCUCACGGCUGCGUAGUGCUUCUUCUGCGUCGACAUCAUCGUCGAUCUCUGGCGCUGCUGUGCAGGCGGAAGCUGGUCCGUCCAACUUCCCCCAAGCAGCGUACGCCGCUCCUCGCAUCUCAUGGUCGUUCGAGCAAUCUCUCACGUACGAGGAUGACAAUGGGGAAUACGUCCUGGCGAUGCACGACUAUCAGCCGGAGGGCCAUGACAUCAACUGCCUCACGUUCCAGGCUCGGCAAAUCAUCCGAGUGUUAAAUCGCGAUCCUAGCGGCUGGUGGGAUGGCGAGGUUGAGGGGAGGAGGGGUUGGUUUCCGAGCAACUAUGUGACCUGUGAGGUUGGUCUGCUGACGGAGGAAGAGUUGCCGGACAUGACGAAGGCAGCAAGAGAGAAUCGCGUUGCCCAUUUCCAGCCAUCGACGGCAUUUAUCAUCUCAUGCGUCCGAGCCAUCCUCUCCGACGUCGGUUGUUUUCAGCGAGACGCACCCAUCUUGAAGCGCCACGGCAUCCUUGCUCAGGAAAGGAAGCGCAUAUUGUCUGACCUGGCCUCGCUUGUAACGCAAGCUAGGAAAGCUUCAGAAGAGGAUAUGGGCGACGACCUUCGCGAGCUCGAGGUGGAGGCCAUGGUCAGGUUAGGCGGUAACCUAUUCGCUCACGUCCGAGGGCUCCUGGCUCUCCUCGCCCAGUGCGGGAUCAGACUACCCGCGCAUGGAGGCCUUCCCCCUGGAUCAACCCUUGGCACGCAGACGCAAAGCUCGGAGGACACCGCAGUGUCCGACGAUGGUGGAGCUGGGCACGAGUGGGGAGGGUACGAGAAGUCAACCAACGGCAUCGUCCACAGACCGUCUUCGAAGCAAGUGGUGCCGAGUACUGCAACACCAAUGCGUGCGAAGAGCAUGGGUGAUCUUAAAGCGCAGAGACCUCGACCGAGCGAUGGUGACGUUGCGCAAAUGCCUACGGACGGUCAUUACAAGGUUUUCGGCGGGUCGCUUCGUCAAUCAUCCACUCCCCGCCCGAACCGAUACACUGCCGGUGUGAUGGUUCGCCAUGAGGCAGGAAACUCGGUCAGCAGCAAUUCGUCCUCGUCAUCGUUCUCCUCCAUCGACUCGAUAGCCACGCCUGCCACACCUGCCUUCCCGUCAGGGCCCUCGACAACACCCGAGGUCAUGGAAGCAUUGCGGUAUACACACGACCAAUACUUGUCCACAAUCGCAGCCUUCAUUGGCCAUACCCAUUGGCACUCGCGUUCGACGCAUGCGUCCAGUACUGGACACAUGUACGGACUCAUUCGCGAGGUGGUGGACAUGGUUUGCAAGCUAUUGACCAUUGUCGAUGCCGUCCUCAAGCAUCCUGACCUCCCUGCGGCGAAGUCUGCUGGCCUAAAGACCGCCAAAGAGGCCCUGUAUACCAUCACAGGCAAGCUAGUCGACUCGGUGCGCUCGCUGACGCUGCCAGCUCCGGAGGGCAUGUCGGAGGAGGAAGAGAAGAGUCUCAUCUUGCACUGUGCGACGGAUGCCCUGAAGGUCGGGGCAGAUUGCGUUGCUGCGGUCAAGAAGUGCUUGCGACGAGCCACGGAGAGCGGCCCUUCAUUAUCCACCUCCCAACGAUCAAUGAGUCCGACAUCGGUUCCCCUCGCAAGUUCUCGCAAUACGUGGCCACCACAUGAGUCGCCCCAGCAAGUCCUCCAGCUUCCACGCGUUGCGCCAAUGUAUGUCACGAGCGAGGCGGACGGAGACGAUCAAGACCUCACGAUCCAGGCGAGGACAUUAUCGUCCCCUGAAGUUACUCUCCGGAUCGAGAGGCAGUCCGUCGCCUCGCCAACUGAAGCCUCGUUACCGAAUCCUUGGCAGCCGCCGGAGCCAUCAUCCCUUUCCCCGACCUUUCCAUCGUCAAACAAGCCGCUGCCGCCGUUGCGCAUCCCGUCCCGGGAUGUCAGCCCGGACUUCCCGUCGCCAGUGUCAUUGACGCAUACGGAGGACGACAGGACGACAUGGGAAGGAAGUGACAGAAGGCCGUACUCACCUGCUUCGUUCGACGAACAAGUACUGCGUGGUGGGUUACCUGCUGGGCCAGAACCAAUGAGACGAACACUAGUCGCCUGGACCCUGUCGCACGAUCAUGCUGAAGAUGAUGUCGCAUACAACAGUGACGGCCAGCUUGUAGGCGCGACGUUGUCGGCCUUGGUCGAGCGGAUGACGCCCCACGAUUCCGUACCAGAGCAGGCGUUCUCCUCCGUCUUUUUCUUGACGUUCCGGCUGUUCAGCACACCCAUGGAUCUCGUGGGCGCCAUCGUUGACCGCUACAACAUCAAGCCUCCUGCCGGCCUGAAUGCAGACGAGGUACAGACGUGGACACAGCGCAAGGGAUUCCCUAUCAGAUUGCGUGUGUCAAACUUCGUGAAGAUCUGGCUGGAGACUCACUGGCGUCCCGCUGCGGACAACGUCGCACUGUCGACCUUGCUUGAUUUCACCCGUGAUUGCCUCACGGAGAUCUCUUCGACAGACGAAGCAGGGUCAGCCGUCAAGGCCGACCGGGCGCGUGAAGCUCUUGUCUCUCUCAACCCUCCGUCUGUGCCCCUAUCGGAGGUUCCUCGGCCCGUCAUGACGAAGAACCUCCUGAAUGCACUGAGACAAAAGAGCUUCACCUCGAUUGCGAUCACAGACUUCGACCCGCUCGAAUUGGCUAGGCAAAUGACGACCAUGGAGAGUCAGCUGUACUGCGCAAUAAAGCCGGAGGAGGUAUUGGAGACUGGCAAGGAGGGCGCGACAUCCCCUAUCAACGUGAAGGCGAAGAGGACCUCAUUGGUCAAGUUCUUUAUCAAGCUCGCGGACCGAUGCAACUCCCUGAGCAACUUUAGCACCCUGCGUGCGAUCCUGGCGGCGUUGGACUCCUCGACUAUAUCACGUCUACAUCAAACAUGGCAGGGUCUGUCGCAGAAGUACAAGAUGCAACUCGAAUCCUUGCGGAAACUCUCUGACCAUGCGCGGAAUUACCACGAGUACCGAUCUCGACUUCGUAACACUGCCCCUCCUGCCAUUCCAUUCCUCGGUUUGUAUCUCACCGAUGUCACCUUCUGCCGUGAGGGCAACCCUUCAUUCCGACCCUCGCCCAAGUCGCCCGACAAGAAGCUGUUGAACUUCAACAAGUAUCAUAAGCUUGCGCGCAUUGUACAGGACAUGCAGCGCUUCCAGACACCCUACAAUCUGAAACAGAUACCAGAGGUGCAGGAAUAUCUCAGAGACGCAUUCGAGAGGUCUGCGCGGCAAGGCGACUUGCAGGACUCUACCGGCGCAGUCUCAUGGUUGAGCCCAAGCAUUCCACCGACACUCCUCCCACGAGCGACGUCCGACAGCUGUUCAACUGGACUCGUUCGCAGUCACACCAGCCUACACCGACGUCUGCCUCUGCAUUAUGACCUUCUUCUGACUGGCCUUCCUCCAUUGCUUUCGUGA